ACUUGCAUUGCAGAAGAGAAGACGAGAAAAAACAGAGUCGGCUAUAGCCUAAGUUUUAUAUAGCCUAGGUCAUUCGGCUUCACGUCUAUCUCAGUUUUUUUAACCAGUAGCGACAACGGCGGCAUGACGACCAAAGAGCAGCGACAUUACCGAUGUAAAGCUGUAACUUUUAAGGAAGAUGACGAUUCUGAUACCGAGGUGGAGGAAUUUAACCUGGAGUCAAGGAAGUCGGAUGGACGCGAACUUCAGAUUAUACACAGCGGUCACUUUAUGGUGUCUUCUCUGCACAUGGAACACACGCCGAAAAAGGGCUACGAUUUCGACACGGUCAACAAGCAGACCUGUCGGACAUACCACUUCGGAAAGACCAGCACAUCACACCUGUCAAUUGAUGCUUCUCUCACGAAACUCUUCGAGUGCAUGACACUUGCGUACAGUGGGAUGUUGGUGUCGCCGAAAUGGAAGAACUUCAAAGGUCUCAAGCUGCUGUGGAGGGACAAGAUCCGUCUGAACAACGCCAUCUGGAGGGCCUGGCACAUGCAGUACGUAGAGAAGAGGGAGAAUCCCAUCUGCCACUUCGUCACUCCUCUGGACGGAUCCAUCGAGACCGAGGACCGUCGCCGCCCUGAGGCGAUUUACACAGAUGGGAAGAGCUGGAUAAGGGGACUUGACGUAGUGCGAGAAUACCACAAAUGGAGAACAUAUUUCAAGAAAAGGUUACAGAAGCACAAGGACGAAGAUCUCUCCGGCCUUCUCAAGGGAUCGGAAGACCAGUUCUCCCUGUUCGGGGAGAUCUCGGCGGACAUCUUGCAGAGCGAUGAGAUGGGAGUGCGCCGUGGCCUCGCCCGGCAGCUGGACUCCCCCAUUCCCAUGGACAUGGACUCACUGUUCGACAUCGAAGUGCUGAUGUCGGAGAGCUCGGACACGCUGUUCUCCACGCUGGCCUCCCAUCAGACCCUGAGCGGGCCCAACCCCAGGGACAUGGCGCACAGCGGGAACGCGGAUAUGAUCCAGCCUGGUCUCGGCAACCUGCAGCCCAACCUGGACUUCUCCCUCGACACCUUUGAGCUGUUUCAAGAUUUGUUCCACAGCUACCGUCAGCCCACCCCCUCUACCUCCUUCCCCUCCUCUGCUGUUCCCGCCUCCCACCCUCCGACCUCCCUGCUGCCCUCCGUGACUACAUCACCCAAGAUUCCAUCUGCCAGCGUGUCCAAUCACAUCGGAGGAAUGCGUUGCGCCCCCCCCUACCCCGGGACCUACCCCCCUCUGUUCUCCGCACCCCCCACCCCUGUUGCCACCGUCCCGCUGGCCCCUCGGCUCCCAAAUGCUGCUCCCCGCCCCUCUCUAGUUCAGAGGCCAGUGGCGAGGUGGGACCCGGCCGUGGGCAGCCGUUUGCCCCCCUGCACUGCCGUCCGUUCCCCCGCCCCCCCUAAAGUCGCCCCGAAACCCGCUCGGCCGUCCGCCCUUCCCCUACCCAGAAUGCCCCAGAAACCCCGAGUGCUGCCCCGGCCCGUCGCCGAGGGAACGCCGCCCCCCCCGGCCUUCACCGCCCCCAAGCCCCGGCAGGCGGGCGCCUCCAACCCGCGGGCCCGACGCGUCCCCAACAUCGUCCCCAACAUCGUCCCCAACAUCGUCCCCAACAUCGGCCCCGCCCGGCCCCGCCCAGCCCCGCCCCUCUUCAUCACAGCUUUGACCUCGCCAGGUGCCUUCCCCGCCCACAGCGGCACGGUCAUCAUCGCACCCAGCCCUCUGCAAACAGAAGCCCCGCCCCCUGCCAACAUCGUCAUCGCCCCUGGCGACAUCGCUCAGGGCUGCCGUCAAAGUUCGGCCGAGCAGAAGAGACGCUUCAGCAUUAAUCUGGGCUUCCGCACCCUGUGCACCCUGGUUCCUACGCUGAAGACCAAGUCCUCCUCUAAACCUGUUACGAACGCGGCCACUCUGCAGAAGACUGUGGAGUACAUCGGCAAGCUGCAGCAGGACAGACAGCAGAUGCAGGAGGAAGCCCGGCGUCUCCGAGAGGAGAUGGAGGAGCUCAACGCCUCCAUCAGUUCUUGUCACCAGAAACUCCCGGCCACAGGUGUGCCUGUUACACGGAAUCGGCUCGACUGCAUGUGGGACAGGUUCAACGAGUACGUGAGGAACAGAACUCUUCAGAACUGGAAGUUUUGGAUUUUCAGCAUCAUCAUCAAACCGCUGUUUGAGUCGUUUAACAGCGCGGUGUCCACCGCCAGCGUAUUAGAGCUGCGUCAGACCACCCUGCUAUGGCUGGAGCAGCACUGCAGUCUGCUGGCACUGAGGCCCAUGGUGUUGGACGCCCUGCUGCAGCUGAGCACCUCCAGCUCCAUCCUGACCGACCCCGGCCUGCUCCCGGCAGAGGCCGGUCGAGCGGUGGGGCACUCGGCUGGGAACGCAGCCGAACCGUAGCCAC